ACUGCUAGUUUCGAAUCUAUAGUCACGCAGUUAAGGUGCAAAAGAUACAUUCGUCGUCGUGGUCGUCUUGUUAGCUUAUUUCUCGUUGUUUCUUUUUCUGUAAAAAAAAAAACCUCCUACCUCGAUAAAUAGUAUCCACUUUUAAUAUCAGUCAACUGUCUGUUGACUGGUAUAAUUUAAUUUAAGUGUAUACAAAUUUUGUUAUAAAAUCAAUCAAAUGUUUGAUUGGAAAUAUACAAAAAACUGCUUUGUUGUAGUGUUUUGAAAAAAAGAAAACUUGUUUUUUUUUUUUUUUACUCAAUUCAAUUGAAAAAUGGCAAAUUGUACAAUUAUCUUGGCAGCUGUAGGAGUACUUAUUGCUGCUGCUGGAGCAUUUUUUGGAUGGUAUCUAUUUCCAUCGGUAGUACAUAAACAAGUUGAAGAGGGAGUUGUGAUAGCAGAUGGCACGGAACAAUAUGAACGUUUCCUAAGGCUUCCGCAGCCUAUUUCCUUCAAAGUUUACAUCUUUAAUGUGACAAAUGUGAACAGAGUUCAACAGGGUGCCAUACCAAUUGUGCAGGAAGUUGGUCCAUAUGUCUAUAAACAAUAUAGAAGUAAACGAGUGAAGCAAUUCUCUCGAGACGGAUCUAAAGUUACCUAUGUACAAGACUAUCGGUUUGAGUUCGACGAGGAGGCAUCAGCUCCUCAUACUCAAUCAGAUACAGUAGUUGCCUUAAAUAUGCAUAUGAAUGCAUUUUUACAAGUUUUCGAAAGAGAAAUAACAGAUAUUUUGCAAGGUUUUGCAAAUAGAUUUAAUCGAACCCUGAGUCGAACGCCAGGCGUUCGAGUGCUCAAACGACUGAUGGAACGAAUUCGAGGGAAACGUAAAUCUCUCUUACAGAUAGCUGAAAAUGAUCCAGGUCUAUCGUUGUUGCUGAUGCACUUGAAUGCAAAUCUUCGAGAGAUUUUCAAUGACCAAAAGUCAAUGUUUGUUACGACAACAGUGAAAAAUUACUUAUUCGAUGGAGUACGUUUUUGUAUUAAUCCACAAGGACUUGCUCGAGCUAUUUGUAAACAAAUCAAAGACCAAGGAUCGAAAACAAUUCGUGCUCUCGAUGAUGGAAGCUUGGCAUUUUCAUUUUUCUAUCAUAAAAAUCGAACCGGAGAGGAUGUGUAUGAAGUUCAUACAGGUCGAGGUGAUGCAAUCAAAUUGAUGGAAAUACAAAAGCUUGACGAGGUCAACACCCUACAGACUUGGCUAAAUAGCAGCGACAGCGAAACAUCGAUUUGCAAUUUAAUUAAUGGCACCGAUGCUUCCGCCUAUCCACCAUUCAGACAACGUGGGGAUUCUAUGUAUAUCUUUAGUGCGGAUAUUUGUCGGUCGGUGGAGCUGUUCUAUCAAGGUGAUGUCGUUUACAAAGGUAUUCCAGGAUUUCGUUAUUCGAUUGGAGACAAUUUUCUAAAUGACAUCGGACCAGAAUUUUCAAAUGAAUGCUUUUGUGUUGAUAAAUUGACAAAUGUGAUUAAGCAGAAGAAUGGAUGUUUGUAUUCGGGUGCAAUGGAUUUGUCAACUUGUUUGGAUGCACCAGUAAUUCUGACUCUGCCACACAUGUUAGGUGCUUCAAACGAAUACAGCAAAAUGAUAAGAGGUCUUAAGCCGGAUGUAAAGAAACAUCAGACUUACGUCGAUGUUCAAUAUCUGACGGGAACUCCCCUUCAAGGAGGUAAACGAGUACAAUUCAAUAUGUUUUUGAAGAGCAUCAACAGAAUCACUUUGACAGAAAAUCUAACGACAGUUUUGAUGCCAGCCAUUUGGGUUGAUGAGGGUAUUCAACUCAAUGCAGAAUCAGUUCAGCUUCUCAAGUCAAAACUUUUAAACUCACUCAACAUUCUUAAUAUUAUACAUUGGUCGAUGUUAUGUGCUGGUAUUGCAAUUACACUAACUUCAACAAUGUUUUAUUUUGCUUUUCGAAAUAAACCUGAAGAUGAAAGUAAAGUUCUUCAAUAAAUUUAAGAGUCAAAAUUCAAAAUUAUUUUUACACACACACAAAAAAAGACACUUUUACUUAAGAAAAAAAGCCUAAAAUGACACUUUAUACUUAAAUCAACAUUCAGUUUUAUAAUUAGUCGAAAAGAAACAAAAAAAAAUCAACUUUAAAUUUUAGGAUCAAACAUAUUUUUGCAUUCUUCGACCCAUUUCACACUCGUUUUAUUUACUUUUA